UCCUGUCAUCCCUGCCAGUACAAUGUCAGAUACUCUCCUGAUUGUAGCCAUAGACUUUGGUACAGCAUUCAGUGGCUAUUGCUACAGCGUCAAUUCAAAGAGAGAUGUUAACAGCAAAGUAAAUAAAGUGACUUGGGAUAGAGAGUAUGGAUUCAGAAGUCCCAAAACUCGAACCUGUGUCCUUUUUAAUAAACAUGAAGAAUUUGAAAAAUUUGGCUUGGAUGCACUGCUUUGCUACACAAGGAUGGGAGCAAGAGAAGCCACUGAAUUCUACUUCUUUGAAAAUUUUAAGAUGAAGCUAUACAAAAAGGAUAUUUCAAAAACUCUGAUGAUCUCAGCACAAAAUGGAAAGCAGAUGCCUGCCUUGAAGGUUUUUUCUGAGAGCCUACGCUACCUGAAGGACCAUGCCUUGAAGACUUUCACUUCUGAUGAUGUGACCUGGGUGCUGACAGUACCUGCCAUCUGGGACAAUGCAGCCAAGGAGUUCAUGCGGCUGGCAGCUGAGAAGGCUGGACUGAUACAUAACACAUUCUCAAAGAAUUUAAUCAUCGCUCUGGAACCUGAAGCAGCAUCUUUGUCCUGCAAACAACUGCCCAGCAAAGGCUUUCUAGCAGAAGGAACGAAUGACCUAAAAAUGGAGCACAAACCAGGAAUGCAGUAUAUUGUUGUUGACUGUGGAGGUGGAACCAUCGAUCUUGCUACUCAUGAAGUCCUUGAGGAUACAUAUUUAAAGGAAUGCUGCAGCCCAUCUGGAGGACCAUGGGGAAGUUGUAUGGUGGAUGAUGAGUUUAGAGCCUUCCUGGAAGAGCUAUUUGGCGUACACUUGUGGCAGGAGUAUAAAAAGAAUUAUCCAGCAGGACUCCAGAAGAUGAUGCAUGACUUUUCAAUUCAGAAAUGUACUGAAAAAAGUGAGGUAUACAUUGCAUGCCCAUACAAUUUAAUAAAAAUGGCAGCAGAGAAGCAAGAAAUAUCUCUUUUUUUUAAGAAUGAUGGAGCCACCUGGAGUGAUGGAUGCAUUAAACUCAGUGAUGCAAAACUAACCAGCUUCUUUCAUAAUAGUACAGAAAAUAUUAUUAGAGAGAUCCAAAAAAUUUUGGACACUCCUGAGAUUAACAUCGAGUGCAUUCUGCUAGUGGGAGGCUAUGCCACCAGCAGUCGGUUGAAAGAUAAGGUUAGGGGAAAAUUUGAAAAACGGUGCAAAGUUCUGUGUCCCGAUGAUCCUCAGUAUGCCAUUAUGAAGGGGGCAGUUAUAUUUGGAAAUAACCCUACCCUAAUCAGGUCCAGAGUCUGUGCUCUGACAUAUGGUAUAAUGACCACCGAGACAUUUGACCCAAAGAAACAUGACAAACAAAAACUUCGAGUUAACAACCAAAAAGAUUAUAUAUACUGUAAAGAUAUUUUUUUUAAAUUAGCGGAAAAAGGCAAAAAUAUAGAAAACAAUGAAAAAGCAGUACAUUAUCUAAUGCCAAUAGAUGAUGGCCAGGAGAAAAUGAGCUUUCGUUUUUUUACUACAAAACAAUGUAACGUUACUUAUACUGAUGAACCUGGAGUAAAACAAAUUGGCUCCUUUACUGUGCCCUUGCCUAAAGGCUAUACAAAGCACAAUGUCGAAGUGAGGCUAGACAUUGAAUUUGGUUCUACAGAAAUAAAAGCAACUGCAACAGAACAAAUUUCUCAAACGAAAAGGGAAAUCAAAUUAGAUUUCUUAACAGAGUAAGAAAAGAUGAUUAACUUACAGGAUAGUUUAGGCAGU